AUGGUAUCUAAUCUCGACGAAAAGGCGGUCCUGCCGGGUCGACGCCCCUCGCCCGCGCCGGACGCCACACAGAACGACAGCACCGGCACCGGCACCGGCUCCGGCAACCGCACCUCGCGCAGACCCGGCGGCUGGUGGAAAGUGCACCUUUUCCGCGGUAUGGUCAACGACCUCCGUCGUCGGGCGCCCUUUUACGUCAGUGACUGGACCGAUGCCUGGGACUAUCGCGUGGUGCCGGCCACGGUCUACAUGUAUUUUGCAAACAUCUUGCCCGCGUUGGCAUUCUCCCUCGACAUGUUUACGAGCACGGGAUCGACGUACGGAGUCAACGAGGUCCUCCUAGCUUCCGUUCUCGGGGCUGUGGUCUUCUCUCUACUGGCCUGCCAGCCUCUGGUCAUUGUCGGCGUCACAGGCCCCAUCACCGUCUUCAACUACACCGUAUACGAUAUCAUGGAGCCAACCGGCACAAACUACCUAGCAUUCAUGUGCUGGAUCGGCCUGUGGUCACUAGUCUUCCACUGGAUCCUCGCCGUCACGAACUCGUGCAACUGGCUCCGCUACGUCACGCGCUUCCCCUGCGACAUCUUCGGCUUCUACGUGGCCUUCAUCUACCUCCAAAAGGGCAUCCAGGUCCUCCAGAGGCUGGGCGACGCCGAGCCCUUUUACCUCUCCAUCGUCGCCGCCCUGCUCGUCUUCAUGGUCGCCUACGUCUGCGCCGGCGUCGGCGGGAGCAGCCUGUUCCACCAUCACGUGCGCGUCUUCCUCAAGGACUACGGCACCCCGCUCACUCUCAUCUUCUUUACGGGAUUCGUGCACAUUGGCAGGAUGGAACCCGUCGAUUUGGAGGUGCUGCCUACUGGUAUCGCCUUCAUGCCCACGGCGGACAGGAGUUGGCUUGUGGACUUUUGGAACAUUCCUGUCGGGGAUGUCUUCCUGGCUAUCCCCUUUGCUAUCCUCUUGACCAUUUUGUUUUGGUUCGAUCACAACGUAUCUUCACUCAUCGCACAGGGAACCGAGUUCCCGCUCAAGAAGCCGGCCGGAUUCCACUGGGACCUCUUCUUGCUCGGCCUCACAACGGGCGUGGCGGGCAUCCUCGGCCUGCCGUUCCCAAACGGCCUCAUCCCGCAAGCCCCGUUCCACACCGACUCCCUGACAGUCAGCAAAUCAGAACCCGAGACGGACGAAAAGGGCGAGUUCAAGGGCAGCUACGUGACAAAGGCCUCGCACGUGGUGGAACAGCGCGUGUCCAACCUGGCCCAGGGCCUCCUGACCCUCGGCACGAUGACGGGCCCCUUGCUGGUCGUCCUCCACCUCAUCCCGCACGGCGUGCUCGCCGGCCUCUUCUUCGUCAUGGGCGUGCAGGCCCUCGAAGGGAACGGCAUCACCCUCAAGAUCCUCUUCCUGCUGCGCGACAAGAACCUGACGCCGCCGGGUCACCCGCUCAAGCAGAUCCGCCGGCGUCGCGCCAUCUGGGAAUUUGUGGCCAUCGAGCUCGUCGGGUUCGGCGCCACGUUCGCCAUCACGCAGACCGUCGCCGCGGUGGGAUUCCCCGUUUUCAUUAUGCUGCUGAUUCCCAUCCGCGCCUGGCUUCUGCCGCGCUGGUUCUCACCCGAGGAGCUGAGCGCGCUCGACGAGGCUACGGCGUCGCCUUUCACAAUGGAAGGUAUCGGUGGGGUCCACGGGGGCGGGGCCUCGGGUGAUGAUUCGGACGGGACGCGGGUGUCUGAUUAUGAUAAUGUUGGGGAGGAGGGACGUGGUAGUAGGCGGGCAUCCGGGAACGGCGAUGGCAUCUUUGCGUCGGCGGAGGAACCGGGGAGAAGUCGGGAGGACGUGGCGGAGAUGGGACAGUCUCGGAGUGUGCAGGGUGCGGGAACGACGACGAGGAGAGGAGGGCACGCUGCGACGGCUGAUUGA